AUGCAGUGGCCAAUUUGUGUGGCCUUGUUAAUAUUUGUGGCUUGGAGUUAUCCUGCCCAAGCAGUUAGAAUAUCCGCUCUGGAAAUUCAACAGCGGUGGCCCGAGAAGCAGACGAAGAUAAGCUCCAGGAACUAUCCCAUCGAGUAUGUCCUCCUGCCAAAUCCCAAAGGUGGAUACAGGAGGCGGUAUGUCCAUGGCUUGGGGAAAGCAGCUCCGACCACUACCACAGAGCGCCCUUUGGUCCGGGUCUGGAAUAGCUUCGUUCGCAGUGUCCAGCCUGCCUUCAGUUUCCGCAACCUGACCAAUCCGCUAGCGAACUUUUUCAACGACGGCAGUGCCAAUAUCAUCGAAACAUCACCCGUUCUCAUUCAAUCCUACGAAGACGAUCAGGAACUGCCGUAUGAGGAGUCUGCCCCAGUGGCUUCGCAGAGUUCCAGCAAGCGCAAACGGAAGCGCCGCAAGCAGCUAAAGCGACGUCCCGUAUACGAUUCAGAUGAAAGCGAAGAUCCCUAUGGCCCGUAUGAGCCCUACUAUGCACCACCGCCGCAUCCAGCCCACACUCAGCCGAUGUUCUUCUAUGACACCAACUCCGGCAGCUACUACGGAGUGCAGCGUUUCAGUCCGCAGGAUUUCCAGUCCAGCUUCUACCACUACCCUAACCAGCAGCAUGGUGAAGCGGAGCAAGGGGAGAUCGAACAGGAGAAGCCGGCCGUGAUGCGGAGGCUCGGUAACAGAAAGGUUACCCUACUGCGCCCCCUGCCGGUGUCGGCACCUAAAGCCCCAUCUCCAGCCAAGUUAACAGAAUUCAGUGAGCCAGGAACGACCAAUGAGAGCGACGAUACGAUUGAGGACACCGAAAACGAUUCCGACGACAGCAGUGCAUCGGGGGAUUCAACGAUUGGCGAGGAAGAGAACAAUAUGGCAACCCACUCACCUCUCUCCGAGAGCAUGCGCAAUGCUCUGGGCGCGUACAUGCGCGACGAUCGCCACUCACGGCAGCGUCAGAGGCAAACUAGUGAGGGAGCAGGAGCAUUUGAUGCCGAGGCCAAAGUAUCGCCCCGCAGUCAUCCACGCCGCUUCUUUCGGCUGGGCGCCUGGUGAGCCAGGCUAACC